AUGCAGGGCGGCGGCGGCGGCGGUGAUCAAGCAGGAGGGAGCCUAGGCAUGGACAUGGGCGUGGGGUACGCCGCCGGCAGCGGCGGCGCCGAGUGCUCGUCGUCGACUUCGGCGGCGGCUGCAGCAGCGGCUGCCGCGGCCGCCGCAGCCGCCGCGGCGGCGGCCGAGGCGGAGGAGCGGCAGCUGCUCAAGGGGGAGAUCGCGGUGCACCCGCUGUGCGAGCAGCUGGUGGCGGCGCACGUGGGGUGCCUGCGCGUGGCGACGCCCAUCGACCACCUCCCGCUCAUCGACGCGCAGCUGGCCCAGUCCAGCGGCCUCCUCCACUCCUACGCCGCCCACCACCGCCCCUUCCUCUCCCCGCACGACAAGCACGACCUCGACUCCUUCCUCGCGCAGUAUCUGAUGCUGCUGUGCUCGUUCCGGGAGCAGCUGCAGCAGCACGUCCGGGUGCACGCCGUGGAGGCCGUCAUGGCGUGCCGCGAGAUCGAGCAGUCGCUCCAGGACCUCACCGGAGCGACGCUAGAGGAAGGGACGGGGGCGACCAUGUCGGAGGACGAGGACGAGCCCCCCAUGCUAGAGGGGGCCCUGGACAUGGGCUCCGAUGGGCACGACAUGAUGGGCUUCGGCCCGCUCCUGCCCACCGACUCGGAGCGCUCACUCAUGGAGAGGGUCAGGCAGGAGCUUAAGAUCGAGCUCAAGCAGGGUUUCAAGUCAAGAAUAGAGGAUGUGAGGGAGGAAAUUCUGAGGAAAAGGAGGGCCGGGAAGCUGCCUGGGGACACCACCAGCAUCCUCAAGCAAUGGUGGCAGCAGCACUCCAAGUGGCCAUACCCCACGGAAGACGAUAAGGCAAAGCUUGUUGAAGAGACUGGCCUGCAGCUGAAACAAAUCAACAACUGGUUCAUCAACCAGAGGAAGCGAAACUGGCACAACAACUCCCAGACGUCAACCCUCAAAUCAAAGCGUAAAAGGUGAUGGAGGGCAAGCUGCACAAUGUAAUGCACACCUGCUGACACAUAUACCAACACGCUAAUCAAACGAAGCUCGACGACCAUGGCGACUCACAAAAAUAAAGAGGAUCGGCCGAUCGAUUCAACUGUAUAUCUAGUGAUUAGUCAGAGGUGACAGGUUGAUGACACACACAUACACGUACACUAGUCUGACCACUGGCAUAUUUGUUUGCUGUGAUUUUUGAGCUCAUGUGCUCAGAGCAUACUUCAUUCUUGUUAUUAUUAUUGUAUAGCCAUAUUUUGUCCCCCAGCGUACAUACAUAAUCUGAGGAUUAAAAAUCCAUCCCCUGUGCACAUAUAUAGUGAUCUGAUCUGACCAUCAUCUGCUGGCAGAAAGAGAGAAAAAACAGAGGUUGCAUU